AUGCUAGAUGCGAAAAAAAGAAUAAAAUCACUGAGGCCAUUUGGUGUGAUAAUUGCAACUUCCGUGCUAAUAUCAUUUCAUCCUCAUUAUGUUACUGCUGGUGACCGUAUAUAUUUUCUACAGUGUUUUCAUACUCGAGCAUCAGAUCAUUCCUUACUGCCAGGGUCAGUUGUACCAGCUACUUCUGCUUCAAAAAAAUACAACAAUAGUUAUGCUUUAGUUACUCUUUCCUUUUUAUUUUUAGACGCAUUUUAUGGAUCAGUAUCAAUGCCACGAUGUGAUUAUCAGAUAAGAAAUUUGAAAGAUAAUGAACUUACUGAUAGUACAGCUAUCGGUGAAAUGGUCCAACAUAGAUGGUCAUGUAGUACUGGUUCAAAUGAGGAAUUAUGUUUAAUAGUCACUAAUUGCUUUAUGAUAACCAGUGAUUCAAGACAUCAGCUUGUUGAUAAAAACGGAUGUUCUCUGGAUCGUAGUGUUCUUCCAAAUCUUGUUUACAUUGAUAACUUAAAUGUUGAACAAAACGUAUCUGUUUUUGGCUUAUCUCAAAAGCCUUUCGUUUAUUUUCAAUGUCAAAUAAGUUUAUUGCAACCAAAUUUUGGUCGAUGCCUUCAACCAAACUGUUCAAAUAAUCACAGGACACGGUAUGUUUGUUAG